AUGGGAACUGUUCAUGCAAAGGAAUCAAUGAUGUCUGGAAAUAUGAAUGAAACUUCAAAUGAAAAUAAUCCUUCAGCAAGUUUUCGUAAAAACAAGAAUUUAUUUGAUACAACAAAGGAAAAACAUAUUGAUCUUCAUUCUUUGAAAGUAAGAGUUGACAGAAUACAUAUAGAUGGGCUUAUGAGAACAAAGGAUGAUAUAAUACAAUCACAAGUGACAGAACUUUUUAAAGCUCAGGAUUUUUAUGAUGUUAUUUUACGUGCCUCCAAAGUUAGAGAAAAACUAGGGACCUUAGGAUGUUUCAAGAAUAUUGGAAUUUACAUUGACACCAGUCAAGGUCCUGAUGCUACCCCAGAAGGCGUUGAAGUCACCUUUUCCGUACGCGAAAUGAGACGCUUAACGGGUGAAAUUAGCACGAUGAUUGGGAACAAUGAAGGUUCUGUUGUUAUUCAAGCAAAGGCACCAAACUUAUUUGGAAGAGGUGAACGUUUGCAAAUGGAAUAUUCUUAUGGUUCAAAAAGUUCAACCAAUAUACGUGUAUCUGUUGUUAAACCAUUUGUAAACAGUUGGCUUCAUACAGUAUUAACUGGUAGUGUAUUUAACUCGUCAAAUAGAUUCCCAUGGUCUGGUUUUAAUCAACACGAUAAAGGCUUUUUAUUAGACCUUGCAUUCAAUCCAGAUGGUGCAGGUAUACUAAAGCACAAUUUACAAUAUGAAGCUGCUUACAGAGAAAUCGCUUCUUCCAAACAAACAUCGUUUCGUGUACGAGAGCAGUGCGGUCCAAAUUUAAAAUCCGCAUUGCGACAUAUUUGCUCCAUCGAUAAAAGAGACUCAUUAAUAUUUCCUACCUCGGGAAGUCUUGUACAGUUUUCAACAGAAGUAGCUGGUCUUGGCGGAGAUAUCGGAUUUGUUAAAAAUGAACUUACCGUGCAAACUAACUGGACACCACACGAAUGUCUUACGUUUCAACUAGGCCUUCAAUCUGGAUUACUUAGAGGAGUCAAUAAUGAAAUGAAGAUAAAUAUUGCCGAUCAAUUCUUUUUGGGUGGACCAUUGAAUCUUAGAGGAUUUGAAAUGAGAGGUUGUGGACCACGAGACGAUGGUUAUUCAAUAGGAGGCGAUGCAUAUUGGGCAGCUGCACUUCACUUAUACACACCACUGCCAUUUAGGCCCGGUCGUAAUGGAUUUGGUGACUUGUUCAAAUUGCAUGGUUUUAUCAACGGUGGAAACGUGUCGAAUUUCACAUUCAAGUUUGAUAAUAAUUACAAAGACAACAUGAAAAUUUUUACGGAAAAUGUUCGUUGUUCAGCGGGUGGAGGUAUCGCGAUGAAACUUGGGGAUAUAGCAAGAGUUGAAUUGAACUUUAUUAUGCCAUUGUUGUUUCUUAGAAGCGACGUAUUACAACAAUUUCAGUUUGGUAUUGGGUUGCAGUACUUGUAAACGAUUCUUAUUUCCGGAUAGUAAAUUGUAUAUGUUCUAUUAUUUUUUAUGUAUUGUACGCAUUUAAUGUAAAAUAAAUUACGAUUAUAAAUUUA